GCAUUCUCUGGUCAUCUCCUGUACUGUGUCCGCAGUCUCUGGUCAUCUCCUGUACUAUGUCCGCAGUCUCUGGUCAUCUCCUGUACUAUGUCUGCAGUCUCUGGUCAUGUGUACUAUGUCCGCAGUCUCUGGUCAUCUCCUGUACUGUGUCCGCAGUCUCUGGUCAUCUCCUGUACUGUGUCCGCAGUCUCUGGUCAUCUCCUGUACUAUGUCUGCAGUCUCUGGUCAUCUCCUGUACUAUGUCCGCAGUCUCUGGUCAUCUCCUGUACUAUUAUGCCACAGUCUCUGGUCAUCUCCUGUAGUACAUCUGCAGUCUCUG